UGAAUGCAACAUAUCCCGGAGCCUCGUAUCUACCAACGUUAUCAAACCUACCAUUGUUUGACUAAUCCGUCUCAAAGAUCGGUUCCCAUCCUACAUCUUUUGGUAUUGGUUGCAUUGCCAACACAAGUCACUCCACGUACAUGCAAUACACACGUGUUGCUGACCAACUGGGCUUACAAUGACCCCGCGAGUGCCAGCUGAGACAGAACAGUCGGUUGUUACACAGUUG